CCAUGGGGUGAGGUUGGAAGUUUCUCCUUAAUAAAUUGCAUAGAUUCAUUAAAAAAAUAAUAAUAAAUAAUAUAACAACAGAACAAAGCCAUGACAACUGUAUGUAGAUUGACAUUAAGCCAAUUCAAAGGUUGUUGCAAGCACAUUUCGUUUGGCUCUUCUUCUUGGAGGAGAUAUAUGCAAAGGUUCACAUCAUCAGUUAGAACACACCUAUCAGACCCAAUGGAGCACACCGCAUCGCAGGAGGGCUUAUUCUACUCAGUUCCUCAGAAUGAUGUCAAUAAACUCAUGUUUAACAACUGGAUGAGUCCACAUGAAAAAAAUAUGAACAGAACAUUUCAAGAGUAUUGUAUCUUAAUCAGAAGGCCAGCACUUGAAAUUAUGGAUAUCUUAAGGAGGAUAAAUUACAACUAUCCCCUCACACGGAUUCUGCUAUAUGGAGAAUUGAAUGCUGGCAAAAAGUUUACUAUGACUCAUGUGAUGCACUUUUGCAGGAGCCAGAACUGGAUUUUCCUAACUGUACCAUGGGCCAAUGACUGGAAUUGCAGAAGAUCUAGAGUGUCAUAUAGCAACCACACCGAAUUCCUGUUUGAUUUACCUAUACAUUCUAAGAACCUGCUGGAAGAUUUUCUGAUUAAAAAUUCACAUCUUAUUGAGAAUUUCAAAACUAGUGCAAGAUAUGAAUUCUCUGAACAAGAAUCUUCGGAGCAGGGAGUACCUCUGAUAGAUUUAGUGUCCUUUGGCAUCAGUAGAAUGAAGUUUGCCAAUGAUGUCGUGGGAGCUCUUAUACAGGAACUACAACAUCUUGCUAACAAUGAUAAAAUAAAACUGUUGAUUACUAUUCGGGGUAUCAAUGCAUUUUGGAUGAAAACCGGUCAGAGUAAGGAAAAAGUUAGAAAGAUUCAUGCUCAACAGUUGAGUCUCGUCAAACAGUUCUCAGAUCUCUUACAAUCAGAUACUAAAAAUGCAGUUGCUCUUUGCUCUGUUGAAAGCUGGUUACGUCAUGUCAGUGAUAGAAAACCAUAUCUGCCAACAGAUUUGCUUGGCAAAGAGGGUAUUGACUUCUUAGAGCCCUUCAUACCAGUUGAGGUUCCUAAAUACAAUGAAAAGGAAAUUCAGAAAGUAAUGGAUUAUUAUGAAGAAAGAAGGUGGAUUCAGCUUCCAGAAGCGAAAACGCCGAGUGGAAGAAAGCAAAUAACAUUUCUUAGUGGAUACAACCCUUAUAAACUGUACAAAGUGUGUGUGCCAUUGUAGAUCAGAUAUGACAAACAUUCAAUUUAUUGUACGUGUAUAGAAUCUGUAUUGAUUUUAAAAUGAGCUGAAUGAGAAAAUAAGCUAAGGGAAACCUACAAAAUAAUUUUAUUUUUAAUUUUAAAUACAGAAAACUGCUUUA